GGUUGCUCCGGUGAGAGGAUUAUCUCGGUCCUUUGUGAGGAGAGUCUGAGGGAGUCAGGAAACCUUGCAAAAGGCCAGAAGUGGACACGGACUAAAGUAGGACUGAGUGGGGAGCUGAGGGGAGACCAGCUUGACAACCAUAGCCUUUAUUGGUGGCUGUGCUUUGUGAGGCCGUUGCUUGACUAGGCUGCAGCAGCUAUGGCGGUGGAACUUGGGCACUCCACCAGCGGCUUCCGCCACAUCGAUGUGAUCCAGUUCAUUAACAGCGAAAUCCGCAGUAACGGUGGCGGGCCAGACUUCUACUUGGCCUUCUUCUCGCGGUCCUGGAACGAGGUCGAGGAUGGUCUUCACACUAUCCUGACCAACCAGCAGAUGCCACGCGCCCUCAAGCGGGCCUGUACCUGGAGCGCGCUGGCCUUGGGUGUACGAGUAGUUGCCGGGCAGCAGGAGGAGCAGACACACCGACUUCAUUGGCUGCGGGAGCAGCUAGAGGAGCGCGAGGCAACUUGCAGUGCUCUGGUUUUCGAGAUGCAGCGGAUGCGUCAGGAGUGAGACCGUGCCAUAGCAUAGUUGCACUCCAUGAGAGCUUCUUUACAGCAGGUAUUGGAUGAGAGCGAAAUGUUUCGCAGGAGGCUGCUCCAGACCAAGAGGUCAGCACAGGCUGAUUUGCUGUCCAAGAAGGUUGUACCUAAUCCAGGAACUGAAGAAUAUGGAGCUGCAGCAAGGUCCCUGAAUACACAGGAACAAACAGAGGUGAUGGCCACCAGAGCUCAAGGCAUGUUGCAUUUGGAGUCCCACAUGCUAGCUCCAGCAAUUUUGCAUUAUACGCAAGAACCUCCAGGUCUUUGGGCUCAGCCAAUGCAGCCCCCUCUGCAAAUGCCUGUGCCACACCAUUUCCCAUUCUGUGUGCCUCACCAAUUCCCAUUCCAUGUGCCAUUUUCACUGGGAUCCCCAUACUCAGUACCACUGCCACCCCUAGUAGUAAGGGAAUCAGCACCAGCAGCAGCAGCAGCAACAGUGACAGGAGGUGUACCCCACAUGCUUCCUACAGAGAUCCACCCUCCACCCUUGUUGGCUGCAGUGAGGUCUCAGGAGAAGAUGGGUCCUUUGUGUUAUCAGAGUUGCCACUCCCAGGAUAAACAUCCUCAGAACCUCCUGGACAGAUGUCACCAGGGAGACAUCAGCCGCCACAGCCAGAAGGAUGAGUUGGUGAUGCCCCAAUGCAUGGCUCCCCUGGGAAUCAGUAAGAUUCCCAGUGUGAUACAAAGUCCUGUGAAAGUGCAGUUUCAGAGGCAGAAGGCCAAGAAACCACAAGGGAAAAAAGUCUCAGAAUCCCCAAAACAGGAACAGUCUGCCUCACCAUGCAGUCCAGUGAAUUGGGUCUGCUCACAGUGUAAACAUGUGAAUCUUCCACAUCACAUGGCCUGCCAUAAAUGCAAGAAGAUCCAUAUGCCAGGUGGGGAUGGAAGUUUUGACCCAGGACAAACUCUGUGAUUUCAGAAAGAUGAGGUCCUAUUUUUGUGUCUCAUUCCCAAGGAACUUGCUUUUUACUUAAGAAGCUGAGCCUGUCCCAUUGGAAGUUCUCCCUAGAGAGGAAAGAUGUAUCAUCUGGAUCAUGAGAGACCCAGACAUCAGUGAAACCUCCACUGCUUGGAGUCAAGAAGAGUGAGAGAGACACUUUAGUACUCAUUAGGGAACAAUGAAACACAAAACAGUUUUAUUAGAAUUGAAUUUCUCAGUUGGGACAAGGGAUUGACUUGGAAGAGUUUGAGGGUGAUUGUAGUGUUAAAUUUUAUAUAUGAAAGAAAUUUGAUUAAGGCAUUAGAUAAUUACUUACGUAAUUAAGUAAUUAGUGUCACAGUGUCAGGAGUUGCUUAGUGUUUGUUAGCAGUUGGAACCGUACAGUAUUGUCUGGUCCAUCUAUCAUAAUCUUUUGUGAGUUUGGUUAGAUAAUAGUAAUUUAGUUUUUGCAUUAGAUCAGGAAUGUCUUCUUUGCCUUGCAUGUAGUGUUGCCGUGGGCAAAAUCAGUUAAAAUAACAUCCAUAUACAUUUUUGGAGUUCUGAGGGAAAUGUGAAUGAGACUUUUAUGGAUGGACUUGAGUCACCAAACUGCUCAUUACCUUCCAUCACCUUGGUCACAAGGCAGAAGAGCAGUGGCAAAAUCAGGGAGGUAUCCUCAUUAACUCACAGGCACACAGGCAGGGCUUUUCUGAUCCUCUGCUGAUUUCCCCUCUGGAGUGUCACACGUGUUUUUGUGGCUGCACAGCAGCCUGCCUAGAAAGACCAUUAGGUUGCCCUGAAGAAAGACAGUGCUUGGAAAGUGUUGGCUACACGUUCUAGCCCUCAAACCUGGGUUGCUCCCAUCCUAAGUCCUUUUCCUGUCAACAGCUCAUGAAUAACAAAAUGGCUUGCAAAGAUACAUCAGGGCCAUUAUUAUGUAUGGAUGGUGCUUUUCUGCCAAGGGCCAAUUGGGUUAAAGAUAGAACUGCACUAUGGGGAGCACUCUUUUUUCUUUUCUUUUGCACAUUUUAUUUAUUUAUUUUUUAUUUAAAUUUAUUGGUCC